UACUCUUCAAGUCAAUUGUAUCCUCCGUAUCCUACUCAAUCCUUACUUCAGAUACUUUGACUUUACAGCCUCCUCAUUGUUCCAGCGCAGUUGCUAACAAUCUGCCAUGGCCACGAGAAGCACUCCCCGGUUCUUUGCCAGAAGCCUCCCCCUCCCUCUCGUUCGCCGGCGCGGCUUCUCCAGCACGGCCGCUGCCCGAGCCGACGUCACUCAUGCGGUCAUAGGUGGCGGAGUAGUUGGACUCGCCGUGGCGCGCGAAUUAGCCGGUCGCGAGGGGACGUCGACGAUCUUGCUGGAACGGCAUGAUGCGCCUGGGACGGAGACGAGUAGUCGGAAUUCCGAGGUCAUCCAUGCAGGACUAUACUACGGUAGCGACACGCUCAAGGCCCGACUCUGUAUCCAGGGGAAGGAGAUGCUCUACGACCUGCUGCAACGGCAGGGGCUCCCGUACCGCAACACGGGGAAAUGGCUGGUGGCGCAGGACGCGGUGGAACGGGAAUCGUUGGAGCGGAUGCACGAGCACGCGCAGCGGAUUGGGGUGCCCACGCGGUUUCUGAGCCGGCAGGAGCAGGAGCGCCGGGAGCCCGAGGUGCGGGCGCUGGCGGGUGUGCUCGAGAGUCCGACGACGGGGAUCUUCGACAGCCACAGCCUGAUCACGUACCUGCAGGGGGACCUGGAGCACCGCGGCGGCGACUGCGCGUUCCUGACGCGGGUGACGGGGCUGCGGCACCUGGGCCCCGGGCAGGGCUACGAGAUCACGGCGGUGUCGGCCGACGGGGUGGAGACGGCCAUCACGGCGGAGACGGUGGUGAACAGCGCCGGGCUCGGCGCGUGCGCGGUCAGCAACAUGCUGCUGCCCGCCGAGCGCCACCGCACGAUGCACUACGCCAAGGGCACCUACCUCUCGUACGCGGCCUCGUUCCCCAAGACCUCCGUGCUGGUGUACCCCGCCGUGACGAAGGCGCAGGCCGGCCUGGGCAUCCAUCUGACGCUCGACAUGGGCGGCCAGAUCCGGUUCGGCCCCGACUCCGAGUGGGUGGAUAGCCCGGAGGACCUGGCGCCUAACCCAGCCCGGCUCGAGCCGGCGCUGCCUCUGAUCAAGAAGUAUCUGCCGAACGUGGAUGUCAACGCGAUCAGCGUGUCUUACUGUGGAAUCCGGCCCAAGUUGAGCAAGACCAGCGGUUCCUCUUUCGGCUCAUCGAAGGUCUGGCAGGACUUUGAGAUUCGCGAAGAGGAGGGAUUCCCGGGUUUUAUCAAUCUGUUGGGCAUUGAGAGCCCCGGAUUGACCAGCAGCUUGGCCAUUGGUAAGAUGGUGAAGGAGAUGCUCUACUAGAGCGAUCAAGUCCAUGUAUAUAGUGCAAAGAAACCAGUUGUAGAUACAUAAACCAAGUCAUACAGCAAACGAUGGAAGAACAAGCGGGCUAGUUUGAUGAAGGAAUUGGCAGCCAGAUCUCAGCAAUGCAGAUUGCUUAUUCCUUAUUCCUUAUUCAUUAUCUACCACAGUACUCCGUACACAGUACUCGAUAAGGUAUGUUCUGGAAGACCCAAAUCAACCCUCAAAUCGGGUCUCCUGUCAAAGAGCGGCAUUCCCUCCCCACAACCUUAUUCAGCAAGCUCAAGUGGGUUCGCCAUCGCAGCGGACGUGACGUCAAGACUUUCGGGGGGGUGAACACAACUGGCAAAGACGUCUGUCAGGUUAUGCCAUUGCAACAAUCACCGCAUCAAAAGGGGGCUCGUUUGACAAACAACCCACUAGUUACACUUCUAUUCUAAGACAUUAAUUGAGAACGUAUACUGUCCAUCUCCGCAUAGGUCCAAU